AUGGCCUCUCGAUCCCUUUUGGUUUGCAGACCAUUACAAGCAAGCCCAACAAUACAAAAAUAGCUAGCUGGAUCAGGUAGCAGCUGAGGGGAAAGCUUCAACUAGCUAGAUUAGACUUGUGGAUUGUCAUCCAAAUAGCAGAGAAGAAACAAUUAGCAGCCUCUAGCUUAGCUCUAUUUUGAUCUGUUCUUAAUUACUUCCGUCAACCGGCCGGCCAGCCGGCAGGAGAGAGGUCGAUAGAUUGACAAGGGAGAAGAAGUAGAAGAAGAAGAUGGGGAGGGGGAAGAUUGCGAUUGAGAGGAUCGACAACACGACGAACCGGCAGGUAACCUUCUCCAAGCGGCGCGGAGGGCUGAUGAAGAAGGCCCGGGAGCUGGCCAUCCUCUGUGACGCCGAUCUUGCGCUCAUCGUCUUCUCCAGCACUGGUCGCCUCUACGACUUCGCGAGCUCCAGCGGAAUGGAGGCAAUACUAGAGCGGUACCAAGAGGCGAAAGAGGAGCAGUGCGGAGUGUUGAAUCCAACAUCUGAGGCAAAGUUAUGGCAGAGGGAGGUUACAACCUUGAGGCAGCAAGUGCAGAACUUACAACAUAAUAAUAGGCAACUGUUGGGAGAGGAGCUAUCUGGUACCACUGUUCGAGAUCUGCAGUUUCUGGUGAACCAAGUUGAAAUUAGCUUGCACUCUGUAAGAAAAAGGAAGGAUCAAGUUAUGGCUGCGGAGAUCCACCAACUCAACCAAAAGGGGUUUCUCACGCAGAAGGAAAAUAUAGAGCUUGGUAAGAAGUUGAGCAUUGCUCAUGAGCAUAACAUAGAGCUGAAGAAGAAGCUUUCCGCGUCCAUGGCAUCGAGUGAGCAGCAAGCCAGUGGAAGCAACUCAAAAGCUGCUGCUGGGUUAUUGUUGCCUACUAGAGUACGUGAACCAAAUAUCAACCUUGAGUUGCGCCAGCAGGAGCAUGAGGCUGAAUAACAUAUACUCUCUCGUCCACAGCAUGCAGUAAGUAUUGUGAUUCAUGUGUCGGUAACUUAUUAAGAAGAUCCAUGUGCUCAAUCGCAUGCCAAACAAGUCACACUUGAUUACAUUUCUAAAUUCAUGUUUAUUGUUUUGCACCAGACCGCGUCAGUACUAUUUUCAGUCCAUGCGUGACGAUCAAAACUCUUUUGUGUGCAAUUUGAAGCAAAAAACUUUAGAACCAUACUUUUUUUGUGGU